CCACUCUUAUGCAUGUGACGGGUCAGAGGCUAUAGCUAGGCCGCAUAUGCAGUACUGCGCCGGGCUAUAUUCGUGCCGCUGUCUGUGCAAAACAUGUACAGACACCCACACUACGCUAGACUCGAGCUCCCUGUUCAUUCUGGUGGUGGUGGUAAUUUCUCAACCCGAGAGAGGUUAUCAGGUUCAACAGAAGAACUAUAAAACAGACAGGUGUGCAACUUUCCUUGUAAGAAAAUGGAGCCGUCAGAGAAUAGCACUGCAAAUGCCACUGAAGGACAGCUACCUGCAAGAUUAUCUGCCCAACAAAGGGAGAGUUUUGCCUUUGCUACCGUCAGCAAGCGUCUACCUAUCAUUCUGACCCAGGUCAUUGAUACAGUCUACAAGUACAGAACAGAAGCACAUGAUCUACAUGGGCAGGCAGGGGCAGAUGACUGCAAGUUCAUCGUGGGCAAGCUGUCGGCACUCAAGAACCAAAUGCAGACAGACAAAGCCCUGGAAGAGUUCACACAUGAUCACCCAGACAUCCAGCUGUGGAACCGGUAUCUAGAGGCCGAGACUGAACGUUGCGGAGGAGAGAAACCCAGAUGGUUCAUGUCAGCGUGGCUCUAUGUCGAGUGCUAUAUGUACAGGGCCAUCAAUGAAGCAAUAGCCCUAAGUCAAUGUAUCAAGACCUUUGACCCCUUUGGAGCUCAGAAACAGUCUGCACUGCUGUCUUCCAACGAUGCCAUGUGCACCUUAACCUCAUACUUAGAUGAAAGUGUACAGGGGCCAGCCUCUUUUGAGAAGUUUGCAGAUUUUCUUCAGAUAUCUCUUUGGGGGAACAAGUGUGAUCUGUCCAUAUCAGCAGGUAUAGAGAACUACCAGAAAUUAAGUCCAGUGGCUCAGCUGGCCUCUUUACAAUCCAACAUUCUAGUCAAUGACAUCCACCAUGUAUGGCAGACCCUAUGUGGUGCCAGAGAUGCAUCCAAAAGCACACCCAGUCAGAAGGUCAGACUGGACGUCAUCUUGGACAAUGCAGGAUUUGAGCUCUUCACGGACUUGGUCCUUGUGGACUACCUACUUCAGGUCGGGCUUGUAGACGAGGUACAUUUUCAGCUGAAGGCGAUGCCUUGGUUUAUAAGUGAUGUCGUCAGACACGACUGGGACUGGACACUUCUGAAGCUGCAGGAGAACAAAGACAAGGCUGUAUCAUCUCUAGGACAUCGCUUCCAGGAUCGAGUCGCAAGUGGUGUGUGUGUACUGGAUGAGCAUCUCUUCUGGACGACUUGCUUUGAGUUCUGCUGCAUGAAGAAGGUGGCUCCAGAUCUCUAUGAAGAGCUAGGUAAAGCCGAUCUAAUCCUCUUGAAGGGAGACCUGAACUACCGCAAGCUGGUGGCUGAUCGCUACUGGCCACACACCACACCCUUUGAGGAGGCCCUAUGUGGCUUCCACCCAGCACCCUUGUGUACUCUGAGGACACUGAAAGCUGAUGUGGUUGUCGGAUUGAGGGAAGGACUGAGUGAGGAGAAAGAGGCAGAAGACACAGAUUGGAUGGUCACAGGACAGAAUGCUGUCAUCGAGUUCUGCAACAAAGUUGUCCAUUUGAGCUAGUCCAUGACAGGAAGACGAACUCUUGUAUCAAAAUGUGUGUGUGCAUCUUCAUUCAUAUAGCAGGUAGUGUGGCACAUUGUCAUUAACCUGCUAGUGUAGGGCAAUUUAUUCAUGGAUGUAGUUCUCAAUUAAUUGCAUGAAAAAGAUAUUUCUUGAUGUCAUCAAUGAUUUUAAGAAUUCAAAAUUACAAAAAAAAACUGAGAUCUGAACCCACUUGGCUGAAAUAUGAGAAUAUUUGAGUACAGUCGAAGCAUGUAGCAAAGUGUUUUUUUUUCUCUCCUUCUUCUUUACAUGUUAAUUUUUAAAAAAUAUGAGCAGUCUGAGUAUUUUGGUUACACAUACCCAAAUUUAUUGACAUGUAACAUUGCAUUUUCAAGUAGUCAAGUGUCUACAAUUGUGCAUGGAGAUCCAUAUUGCAGGGUCAUAAUGUUGUAGUAUAACAACCUUAAAGUAAUAGUGUGACUCGAUUCUCAUGAAAUAGUCUAUGACAGGAUAUAUUUUCAUUUGAAAUCAUGAAUUUGGAAGACAAAAACAAUGUUUUGAUCUCUUUGCACCGUAGUUUGGAUACCUGUUUACAAAUUACUGUGAUCAAUUAUUUGUCAUUCACAUACUGCUGCGGUUUACCCGGUGGUUGUUUGUGUACUACUGUCUGUGAAGAUGUGAUGUCACCAUGAACAAAAUAGCUGUGCGCCUCAAAGGUCCUAUGUAUACUCUCUUUCCUGUGUGUUAUGCGAAGUAUGAAACCCCUGCAGAAAUGCAGGGGAUCCAAAGAUCCUAGAGAGUAGUAAUGAGUGGGAAAAACUUGUCAAGUCAGUGAGAGCAUUUCGACCUUGUUAAAUAAAUAACAAAAACUAUGUCUGGGCCCUGUAAGAAAAUAUAUACGAUUUAUUGUAUCUUACCAAAAUUAGUUUCAUCCCCUUUAGUGAACUGAACUUUACAAUAAUAUAUCGGUAAUAGAUUACGAUUAAUGUUUAUGUUACAUAUGGAUACAGUGUAUGGUUAUGAUAUACUUUAUUGUCGCAAGAUUGGAGUUAGGAUAGAUUCAUAAGUUUGAUUUUAAGUCAAUUUUUAUGUUACAGGGUGCCCUUUGCCUAUGGGAACUAGGUGGUCCAUGUAUUAAACCUAUGGGAAUGAAAAAAUUUAGUAUUCAACAGUUUUACCUGAUAUGCACAUUGCAAACCAUUAACUAUUGUCUACUUGAAUAUUAAGUAUUCUUGCAGUUUAUUCCAAAGGGAUUCCUAAACUGAUUCCUUGCCCAAUUUGCAACCUUCAAAAAAGAUUUUAUUGUGAAUUUUGAAGAGGUCAUGAGCAUUGAAGGUAUGACAUAUGUGUCAGCAGGGAUGGUGGUUCACGGUGUCAGUGAAUAAGGAUAUGGUAGUCUCUUUUUACAACUCUUUAAAAGUACAUUACCCCCUCUAUGUUGAAACAAGAGAAAGCUUACAAACCAUGAACCAAGAAUGAAUGGUUUUGAAAUGGUUGUAAUUAUAUUUUGUAUGUGUGAGUUGUGAACAGCUUGAAAAUACAGACUUUACAUCUUCAAUAGCACUUUCUUCCAUAUCAUUUUCUGUUUAUGUUGUGCAAUUUAUUUUAGAACUGAUAGGACAACAGGGUAGACCUAGUAAGCUUGCAUUAACAAUAUUAAUAGAAAUAAUAAUACUUGCUUGCAUAAAAGAUUCAUGUAAAUACUCUGACAAUGUGUAAAGUUAUUAAUCAUACUGCAAUAUAGUGUGAUACACCUCAUUAAAUGAAAAUUGUAUUGUCAAUAUUUACCAACCUGGAUGGUGAUGAUGCAUUCAGAACAAUUGAUAGUUUUUUUUUUAUCAGUUAAGAAAAGUGUUCCGAGAACAGAUGAAAAUGUACUUUUAAAAGAUUACUGUUGAAAAUGGGAAAAACAAAAAUAAAGAUGAUGCAAGAUUAUAUCA